CCCACGUCUCCCUCUCCAGCGAGAGCAGUUUCUUCCCCGUUUCCCCAUCGCCCUCGCGCCGCUCCCUCCCUAUCGCCCUCGCCCUCGCCCUCGGCCUCGGCCUCCCCGUCUCGCUCGCGGACGCCGCCGCUCCGUGCAUCCCCCUCACCGGAAGCGAGGGGGACCCGAGGGCGCCGCGUCGCGCCACCACGCUCUCUCCGCCACCGGUGUGGAAGUGGCGGGCCCGCGCCAUCAGCAGCUCCCUCCGCCGCCGCUAGCGCCCUCCUCCAUUGCGUCGCCUGGCCGGCUCUAAGGUCGCGGUUGGCCCCGCCGGCCCUGCGGUCGUCUGCCCCGAUUGAACUGGAUUGAAGCAGCUCUGAAGCCGGCCGCCGCAGCAGAGGGCGUGUCCACGGCGUGGAUCGGGAGGGGGCUCUCGUGCGUCUGCACGGCGACGCGCGCCUCUCGUUCAUCUGACAGACAUUGAGGUCAAAUACUCAUUUUCGUUUCUUUCCUAAUGGCUUGUAUCCCUUCCGCAGGCGUUAGCAGCAUAUCAAUCCUUCCCUGAAAAGUUUAACCCCCGCUCUCCACUAGGGGGCAAUAUAUGGAAACGUGAAUUGUAGUAUUGUUUGAUGGCUUUCUGAUUGCAGAAGAGUGCUGGCAUAGAUUGCAGAACUUGAUAGAGGUGCAGUAUGAUAGUUCAAAUCUAGAGCAUCAGGUAUGAGCUCUAGCAUUUUUUCUUUGUUACCGACGACAAAUUCAAGAUGGCAACUGACAUGGUAUAAAGUGUGUUUAUAUACCUAACAGUGGAGUUGCAUUCUCAUGCUUUCCCAAGAACUCAACGUUUCAUGAUACAUGUGCUGCAAUUGUUAUUGUGCUAACUGCUAGCGACAAUCGUAAUUUAGGCAACCCUUUUAUUCUUGCUGGGGAAAUUAAUAAUUAUUCGAGAUGAAGCUUCUCACUGAGAGCAUUAAGCCUCUCAUUGAGAACAAAAGUUGGAAACACCAGCUGUAAUAUCAUUUGCAUUCAGUGUUUGAAAUUCCACUUUCCAAAUCAUCUAACCCCUUAGAGGCUUUUCAGCAAUACCUAAAGGUGCAGGACAUGAUUGAUAAUCUGCAGUUACAAGAUGGAACACCAGAUUUAAUAUCUUAAAUUUGGGGCAGCAAGUCUUUCUCCUAGAAUAAUCAGAUCAAUCAACAACAGUUAUGCCAUUAGGAAGCCCAGUAGCUAGCACACAUUGAUUGGAACUCAAACUAGAUUCUGUAAGUUUUUUUUCUUUGGUCUAAGUUUUUCUCUUGCUGAUAGUGCUAUUGCUCAUCAUCUUAUGCAGUUUCAGAACAACUGUUAGAAGCUGAAAACUGCACUGAAUUGUCCCAUUUUUUCAACAUUAUAUAGAAUCUAUUCUGUCUUUACAAAAAGACAACUGUAGAAUAGUUGAUGGUAUGUACUCGACAGUAUACCUAAAAUAGUGAAUUGCCAACAUUUUCUGAGGUGCUUAUCAUUUUUAUUUGUUCUUACGAUGUAAUUCUGAUCUUACUGAUACAUUAUUUAUCACACAUGAUACAUGGUGGGCCUCAAAUAAGGUACAGGUCUUGUUUUAUUCUGAUUGAUGCUAUCCGUUGUCAUGCAGAAGGACACAGGUAUCAUACAAAGCUUCCAUUAUUUAUUGUGACUUCUGAUGAUAUGCAUGCCCUAACCAUCAAUCUUUUGGAGUCAAACUCCUACUUUUGGAACGGAACCAUCUCAAGUGAAAAGACUAAAGCAGGUGUCACUCUGGCAGCACAUUUCUGAAAGAGUUCAGAACGGUGGCUUUGAACCAAAAUAACCGUUUGUGUCACAUGUGGUGAAGAUUUUUUUGUCUAACUUUCAUGAAGGACCGCAACAUUCCACAAGUGGGCAACUGAUGCCGGACAAAUGCAAGUUUGAGCACUGAAGAUGUUUUAAUGGCCACCAAUUCGUGACCUUUGGCGUGGCUCAGAGCCUGAUUCUUCUAGCAGAAAUCACUGCAAUACAUUAUGAAGAGUAGCGAUGGAAACCGGAUCAGGUUACAGCCAAUGUGGAGAAAAGUUGCCUAUGGGGGAAGGCAACCAGGGUAUGAUGACAACUACACUGACGAGUCGUUCCUCGAGGAGAUGGUUAUGAAUGCUAAUGUCGUCAAGAGGGACCUUCUGAAAGUGAUGAUUGACUCCGUCUCCAUUUCUCAAUAUCUCUGCAUCGUUGCUCUUGUGGUUUCGACAUGGACCCUGACGUUGAACUUGGACAUUGAUGAGGCUACCCUUCUCAAACUAGAUGUUGGUCUCCUACUGGUUGGGUUCUCUGUCCUAUUGCUCACGACUUGUCCAUUCUCGCUGAAGCUUCUGACAAAGUAUGUCCUCAACAUAUCAUUCUUCAUCAGUGGUCUUUAUGUUCUUGCGCCAAUUUACCAUACCCUCACUAGGUCCAUCAGUUCAGACUCAAUAUGGGCCCUUGCUGUAUCUCUUCUGCUGGUUCAUCUCUUUCUGCAUGACUAUUCUGGUUCAACUAUAAGGCCUCCAGGAGCACUCAACAAUCCAAAGUUAACCAGCAACAUCUCCUUGAAUGCGUCGAUAGUUGCAUCCGUCCUUGUGGCUUCACGUCUGCCGUCAAGGCUGCAUGUCUUUGCGAUCAUGCUCUUCUCCUUGCAAGUCUUCUUGUUUGCACCCCUCAUUACAUUUUGUGUCAAGAAGUACCACUUUAGGCUUCAUCUGCUGUUCUCCUUCGCAUUGAUGGUUGUGACCCUGAGUGUCACCUACCAGUUGCACCGAAUGUUCUUCAUUCUACUGUUGUCACUUGUGUUUAUUUCAGUUGUUUGCCCUUACUGGCUUAUUAGGAUUCAAGAAUAUAAGUUUGAGAUCAAUGGCCCCUGGGAUGAAGCAAAACUAUGCUUUGAUAUAACUGAAUGAAUAGCCGUGCUGCAUUGGUUUGAUUGUAUCCAUCUAUAGCUGAUGUGCUGCUAGUCAGUCUUUAGUGUAUUCAUGUGAAUGUAUAUACUCUUGACAUAUUUGUUCUGUUACCGUGAUUCUAACACAUGUAUGCCUUUAUUUCCUGGAAUCUUGAAUGAUGUCUAACUAUUUAGUUUAUUUCUGGUGUCACAGACUGAUUUAGAUUUUAACGAGUAUCUUUGUAA